GCAGAUGGUGUUGCAGUCACUCCUGUCGCUAAAAAAAAAUAUAUGUAAAAAGUUGUGUUGUUUUAAAAUGAUCACUUAUUAUUUUUUCAUGACGUAGAUAUAUUAUCCAGUAAAUACAUUUAAAUUGUUAACAAUAAUAACAAUAGGUUAUAAUAAUCAAUUGGAUUUAUCGAAUUAUUAUAAUAAAAAAAAAUAUGUCAACUGAAAGUAAUGAAAAAUCUGAUAGUCUUGAUAACUCAGAAAAUGAUUCACGUUCUUCGGAUUGGUAUAAUGAACGAGCAGAGAGAAAUCGUCAACGUGCAUUAUUGUUAAAAAAGUCAAAACUUAUUGCUCAUCCCCAUGUAGAAGGCAAAGAUGAGAAUGAUAAAACAUCACAAGGUAGAUCCAUUAAAGUACAAGGACAAAAAGUUAUUGAUACUGGAGGUGGUUUUUUAAUUGAAGAUGAUGAUGCUUUGGAACAGGAGAUGUUGAAAAUAGUUGAUAUACCUGCACCAAUAGUAGUAAAUUUACCACAAUGUGAGGAAUGUAAAAAAGAAUUUAAAGAUUCAUAUCUUUUGCAAAAAUUUGAUUAUGUUGUUUGUGAUGCAUGCAGAGAACCAGAUGAAAAACAUUCACUUAUAACUAGAACAGAAGCAAAAGAAGAAUAUUUAUUAAAAGACUGCGAUCUUGAUAAAAGAGAACCAAAUUUGAAAUAUAUUAUUAAAAAAAAUCCACACAAUCCACGUUGGGGUGAAAUGAAACUGUAUUUACAUCUGCAAAUUGAAAAACGAGCUUUAGAAGUAUGGGGUACCGAAGAAGCUUUGUUAGCAGAACGUGAAAAACGUGAUAUGAAACGUCAAGAUACAAAAGUUAAGAAAUAUAAUAAAAAACUCAAGCAGUUAAGAAUGGAAGUAAGAAGUUCUAUUUAUGAUAAAACUAAAAAAGCAUCUCACAUUCAUAAAUUUGGUAGAGAUACGUAUAAUGAAGAAGACGAUACAUAUUCUCGAGUUUGUGUUGAGUGUAAUUAUGAAGAAACUUUUGAGAAAAUGUGAACGAAUAAUUUUUUUUUCCUUUUUUACAUAACUUUGUCAACAAUUAUCGAAAAAAUUUUAAAACCGAUUUAUUGAUCAAAAUACUCAUAAAUAAUCCGUGUAUAGUAAUUAU